ACCCUGCUAUUCCCUGGGUCAGUCCACCCAUUUUUUGGUAAUCCCCGGGACUCCCUGGUAAUCUCUCGACUCGAUUACUGCAACUCCCUCCUCAUUGGCUUACCUUUACAUAGGCCAUCCCCCCUCCAGCUCAUCCACCUUACCCAACUGUUCAGAGUCUGCCACCCCUCUCUGCCAAUCCCUCCACUGGGCUCCAUUCAGUGUCUUCCACCCCUCUCUGCCAAUCCCUCCAGUGGCCUCCACUCAGCAUCCUCCACCCCUCUCUGCCAAUCCCUCCAGUGGCCUCCACUCAGUGUCCUCCACCCCUCUCUGCCAAUCCCUCCACUGGCCUCCACU